AUGGCCAUGGGUAUUUACAUCAUCACAAUGAAGGAGAGCAGAGCUGUGGGCAUUGACUGGAGCAACAUUGCCGAGCCGGCACUGCCUGGCGAUAACCUCAACAUUCUGCUCAUUCUUGGCUUUAAACUGAUCAAUUCAGUCAUCUACCUGCUUGUCACCUGGUACGUCACACAGGCGUUUCCAGGAAAGUUUGGCGUCGGUCUUUCCUGGUACUUUCCCUUUACACUAAGCUACUGGAAGGGCGAAAAGGAGUCUGUUGAUCUAAAUGGAUUCCCCACUAAAAAUGGCAUCAAAUCAGAGGGCACACAGGAGAAUAUAGAGCGAGACCCCAGUCAUUUGCGAGCCGGCAUUAGGAUUAUGAAUCUAAGCAAAAGCUACAAUGGCAAAAGUUUCUCAGUGGACAAUCUGAACCUCAACAUUUACCACGGACAAAUCUGCUGCCUACUCGGUCACAAUGGAGCGGGAAAAACAACAACAAUUUCGAUGUUAACUGGACUGUACAAACCUAGCAGCGGCACAGCCAUUGUCAAUGGAUAUGACAUUCGAACUGGCAUGAACUCAAUUCGCUCCAGUCUGGGAAUAUGUCCACAGUACAAUGUCCUCUUUGAUGAGCUUACCGUUGAAGAACACCUUCAGUUUUACUGCAAACUAAAACGCCCAGAGAUGGAUGCAAAGGAGAUCAAAGAAGAAAUUAAAACAAUGCUAGAAAAGUUGGAUCUAGUUGACAAGCAAAAAGUGCAGUCUAGUAAACUUUCAGGCGGAAUGAAAAGAAAACUGUGCGUCGGAAUUUCACUUUGCGCUGGAAGUUCAAUAGUUAUUCUUGAUGAGCCUUCAAGCGGGAUGGACGUAUCGGCAAGAAGAUUUAUUUGGGAUUUGCUUCUUAAAGAAAAGGAACACCGCUCAAUUCUGAUCACGACGCAUUUCAUGGAAGAAGCUGAUGUUCUUGGUGAUCGAAUUGCCAUAAUGGCAAAUGGCAAGCUCCAAUGCUGUGGCUCACCACUGUUCCUCAAGAAGCAGUACGGCACUGGAUACAGUCUGACUAUUGCAAAACGUCACGAAAAGGUAGAAGCAGAUGAGAUUACGAAACGCAUUCAGAGACACGUUGAGAGUGCCAACAUGGAAAGCGCAGUAGGACUGGAGCUGACGUACUCACUGCCAGACGAUAAAACGGACCGAUUUGAAAGCCUACUCUCUGAUUUGGAGGCAAAUAAGGACAUAACCAACUACGGCAUCUCAGUAACCACAAUGGAGGAAGUGUUCCUCAAAGUGGGCGAAUACUCAAAGGACAAAAUUGAGUCGAUCAACAACGCUGAGCAGAGAGAGCAAGAGCUGGUCAAAAGAGGAGGUGACGAUGCCCGGUCUGGCAAGUCGCCGGUGAAAAAAAACUACGGCCUGGUCUUGCUCCGUCAACAACUAUAUGCCCUGUUGCUGAAGAAGCUGCUCUACGCAAUGCGCAGUCCCUUCCUGACGGCCGCCCAACUGCUAAUCCCCUUCAUCAUACUGAACAUGACACAGCUCUCACUGAAGGCCAUUCCCCGACAGAAAGAGGCGCCCCCGCUGCACAUGGAGCUCACUCAGUUCCGCAACCCGCAGAUCACCUACUUCUACGACCAGUCGGUGGCAGAGCUGGCCACUAGCUACGCCGCCGCCGUCCGUCCCCACCUGCCCGGUGGGUCUAGCAAACUGGUGGCCAUUAACAGCACUAACCCGAAGGUCAUUGGCCAGAACGUGCUCAGCAAGCCGGUCAGCGUGUANGGUCAACAACUAUAUGCCCUGUUGCUGAAGAAGCUGCUCUACGCAAUGCGCAGUCCCUUCCUGACGGCCGCUCAACUGCUGAUCCCCUUCAUCAUACUGAACAUGACACAGCUCUCACUGAAGGCCAUUCCCCGACAGAAAGAGGCGCCCCCGCUGCACAUGGAGCUCACUCAGUUCCGCAACCCGCAGAUCACCUACUUCUACGACCAGUCGGUGGCAGAGCUGGCCACCAGCUACGCCGCCGCCGUUCGUCCCCACCUGCCCGGUGGGUCUAGCAAACUGGUGGCCAUCAACAGCACCAACCCGAAGGUCAUUGGCCAGAACGUGCUCAGCAAGCCGGUCAGCGUGUACAGCUACGAGUACAUGAUAUCCGCCGUGCUGCAGCGCAACACCACCAGCAAUGUGAUUACCCUGACCAGCUUCUUCAACAACCAGGCCUUCCACACGCCGUCCAUUGCGCUGAAGUAUGUCGAUGAGGCUUACAUUCGCUACGUCUAUGGACUGAAUGACAGCCCUUUCGACAUCACAGUGACCAAUCUGCCGCUGCCGCUGCAAACGCGAGACAACCUGAAGAUGUCAGUACUGACCGCUCAGACGCAGUUCCAGGUGAUGCAAGGCCUGAUCAUGGCCAUUGCUUUCCUAAUUGGCAGCUUUGCCGUUCUGGCGGUCAAGGAGCGUGUCAACAAGGGCAAACACCUUCAAGGGUUGAGUGGUGUACGAAGCAGUCUUUACUGGAUGUCCUACUUCCUCGUCGACUACUUCAUCUACCUGGCCUCCUCGGCGCUGAUCAUCGUCACCUUUGUCAUCUACAAGGAGAAUGGCCUCUACGAGGAAAAUCAGCCAUACUACCUCCUGCUCGGCUUUGUCAUUCACGGUUUCGCCAUUCUGCCCUUUGUCUACGCCAUGUCCUUCAUGUUUGACGCGCCGGCCACUGCCUACGCCCGUUUGUGCCUCUACGCCGCCGUCCUCGGCAUUGCCGCCAUUCUCACCGACCAGAUUACCUCUCUCAAGCAGCUCGACCUGCUCGAUAAAAACAGAAUUCUCAAGCCAAUCUUCUCUCUGCUCAUUCCUGUGUACGAUCUGGGUAAAUUAGCCUCCAACAUGAUACAAAAUUACGAAACGAACAAGGUCUGCGGCUUGGAGUUAGUGCAACUUCUGUGCAAAGACACCAGCACUUCUUCAAUUGUGAAACCCUGCUGUAAAGACAUAUGCGAAGACGAAUGUUUGCCAUAUGAACCAAAUUUUCUUUCUCUGAACGAGCCAGGAAUUGGAUCAAAUUUGCUGUACCUCGUCGCCAGUGCCACAAUUUACAUGACCAUUCUCAUUCUGCUUGAAAACAGUUUCUUUCAUUACGUGAGCAGUCUUUGGGAGCAGUCAAUUCAAAGUCUUGUGCAGAUGAUAAAAAGUGGAAAAAAUCACGAGUUAGCUGGACUUGAACUGGACGUCACUGAUGAUGAUGUGGAGCUAGAGAAGAAACGAGUGGACGGAAUGGACCCGAAACAGUGCAAAGACACAAACCCACUGAUUGUCCGUCGACUGAAGAAACGAUACGGCACAUUUACCGCUGUCAAGGGAAUCUCAUACACCGUACAGCGAGGAACCUGCUUUGGAAUGCUGGGAGUAAAUGGUGCUGGAAAAACUUCAACGUUCAAGAUGAUCACAGGCGAUGAAAACAUUUCGGGGGGAGACAUUUUCGUGAACGGCAUUAACGUCAAGAAGAAUCUUCGACGUGCCCAGCAGGACCUGGGCUUCUGCAAUCAGUUUGACACUCCACUGCUGGAAGACCUGACCGGCAGAGAGAUGAUGACCUUCUACUCUCGACUGCGAGGAAUCCGAGAAAGCGAAAUUCCCGGGCAGAUUGACGAGCUCAGCCGACUGCUGUACUUCGAGAUGCACCUCGACAAGCGAGUUGAUGCCUACUCCGGCGGCAACAAGAGACGCCUCUCCACGGCCAUCUCCUUUCUGGGCAAUCCACCCAUUGCCAUGCUGGACGAGCCCAGCUCAGGCGUAGACCCAGUGGCCCGUCGUUGCCUGUGGACAGCGAUCAGCACCAAGCUCAAGGAGGGCGUCUCCAUUGUGCUCACCAGCCACAGCAUGGACGAGUGCUCCUCACUGUGCAAUCAGCUGAUCAUCAUGGUCAACGGACAGAUAUACUGCAUCGGCAGUCCACUGCAGCUGAUGAAGAAGUUCGGCAAUGGCUACACAGUGC